GGUGGUUGUGUUGUAGGGAGUAAUUGUGGUGACAGUCUGUGCAAGGGGACAGGGAUUCAUCUGAGACACAGAGGAAUUAAAAGACAAGGAAAACGAGAAGGAACAGGGAAGGACUGGGCAGACUGAAACUGGACUUCAGUAUGGGUAUAAAGAGCAGGGCUGCUGCAGCUAUUGUAGUCCUGCUGCUGGUCCUGGGCUCCCUGUGGAUCCAGGGAGGUUUGGAUUACCAUUGGGAGUCUUGUUUGAAAGGUUAUAAUCAGGGGAAUAAGUUUCACCAGCUGUAUAACAUCAGUGGGGCCCAUGGGGUUGAGGGCCCGCAGGUUCUGGAGGAGUGCCCUGGUCAGACCUUCCAGGUGUCACUGCUGCUUUCCCACCUGCGGGCUGCACCGGCCUACACCUCCGAUGUGCUGCUGCAGCCGUAUCUGUCCAGCUGGGACGAGCUUGUGAGGUUUAUGGAAGCGCUGGGCCCGAUGGUGGGACUGAUAUCUAAAGAGAUAGAAAGCAAAACCUCUAUAAUCCGUCAACUGGCCCUGUUGGCAGAAGAAAACCCUGAAGCAGAGCUUGGCCCAGAUGUGCACUCACUGAACGCAGAGAAUAAUCUGGAGGCCUCACAACACAGUGGUGCUUACCACUCUGUGCGCUCCAUGAUCUUGGUGGAGCUGAACCAAGGAGUGGUGAACUUCCACCAACAGACAGACUCUGGAUGCCGGACACUUCUGCGUCUGCAUCGCGCUCUGCUUUGGCUGAAGCUCUUCCUGGAGAAGCUGGCUGAGACACCGGUGGCUGGACGGUUCAAGAGCCCCUCAGAGCUGUGUCGCGAAGCCUACCAGAGCACCCUCGCAAACCACCAUACCUGGUUCGUCCGCAGGGCUGCCGAGCUAGCCUUCAUUGCCAUGCCAGAGCGGGGUUUCUUCUUCAGACUGGUGUGUGUGCAGAACCAACAGGAACUGAGCACAAUACUGAAAAGAGUGGUUCGGGCCAUUGUAGAGGUUUACAACAGGACACAGAAAGCACUGGAGGAAAAUGGCAUGCUGGACUUGCCAUAGAAAAGGAGACUAUCAGACUUUGCACUGUCCUUGUGGGCAUCACACAUAAACAUCUUGCUACAAAUGAGUUGAAACAUGAAUGGAUAUUUUCAGCUAAAAUUCACAUGUGCCAUGUUUUCCCUCCCAAACAAAGCGCUGUGUCAACAAUCAACUAAUACAGAAAGUCAGUUUGCUUUCAGUCUGUGGACAUUCUUCAUCAAAUUUUAUGAGAUCACGUCUGGACAUGACCUCAUCUGAGAGGUAUUUGGAUUAUUUAAGCAAGUGGACACAAUAACAUGAACACCACAGCAACCCUGCUAAAUACAACAUUAGUGAAGCUCAUACGGUUCUUAAGACUGUGCAACAGAGGAGGUGAUUUUGUAAUAGCUUGCAUCAGAUUGUACAUGUUUAAUGUACAUGUACAAUUAGGAUGCUGCUGUUUUAAUUGUAGUUAAUGGUUAAUGAUUUAUUCUGCUAUCUCAGAACAGCCAACAUCUAGAUCCCUUGUAGCCCUAUAAUCUGGAACUAAUCUAUCCUGAUUAAAGGAUACAAAACAAAUCUAUGUGUGCUGAACAAAGGACAAUAUGGUGCUUCACAGUAACUGGAGUAAUAAUUUCUCCCUUAAGAUUUUGUAUCAUGUUCAGAAUAAUUAAAUAUCUGUAAUCCA